UCUCUUCCUGCUUUCCCUCCCUCCCUCUUGCACUGCCUGUAAAUGAUAUGGGAACAUCCUUGAGUUAGGAGGCACGUUCAUACAUAGAUGACUGUCUGCUGAUGCAUCAGCUGAGAGUUUAUUGCAAAUCUCAAGUGGAACUACAAGUAGGAUCAGAAAUAACCACCGACCACAGAGGUGGAUGCACUGAAGCCUCAGGAUAAAGGAAUGUCCUGGGUGUUACAAUCCCUUCGCACUCUCUCUCUGAUCUUUAUUCAAAAACACCUUAAUUGAUUUGAUUGUCCUAAAUACCGCUAUGCUCUAUAAAUAAAGAUAUUCAGAGUCAAAAAUACAUGCUCUCAUGGAUGCUACUUUUUCCAGGUAGCAAAGGCCCAUCUGAGCAGGGAGUAUACCAUCAAAACAGAAAACCAGAGAGGAAGGACACAACAACAUGCAGACAAAGCAAAACAAAAGGAUGGUCUUUCCAUUCCAGACACACAAAUCUCUUUUUCUCAUCCUACUAUUCAAUGUCCCACUUCCCAGCACAUGUCAGACCACACUGAAUGCUGGCACCCUCAACCAAACCAUCCAUACCAGUGCUGCCACUAGCUCUAAUGCUAUCCCCAAUACCAACACACACAUUCCCACUGUAAAAUCCACUAUCAACCUAGGCACCACUUCCUUCCUCCAGCGCAACUCUUCCUCAAACUUUACUUCCCAGGAUGCAAUCCUGGGGUGUGGGGCGGAUCUGGACCCCGUGUACUCCUACCUGUGUGACCGUCAGGCGGCGUGGGGUAUCGUAGUGGAGAGCCUGGCCUCACUGGGUUUUGUGGUCAGUUCAGGGCUGCUGGUGGGGCUGCUGUUCUGGACCCUGUGGAUGUGUGUGUCGUCCCACCAGCGCAGGGGCAUCGGGGGGAGCGUAGCCUCCAUGGCUCUGUUCCUGCUCAGCACGGCGGGGGUCUUCGCCCUGACCUUUGCCUUCGUCAUCCGCCUCACCACCCAGACAUGCCCCACGCGCCUCUUCCUGUUCGGGGUGCUGUUCUCCCUGGCUUUCUCCUGCCUGCUGGCUCGCUGCCUGGCCCUGCUGGGCUUCUCUGUGGCCCGAGGCUGGGGGGAGGCUGGAGUGGCCCUGGCCCUCUUCACCCUCCAGGUGGUCAUCGCUACAGAGUGGCUGAUAAUCGUGCUGCUACGGGACGGCCAUCCCUGCAAGUACUUCCAGGGGGAGUAUGUCAUGUUGCUCAUCUACGUGCUGGUUCUGCUGGCUGCCGGCCUGGUCCUCUCCCUGUGGUGCCUCUGCCGCUCCUGUCUCACCUACAGCUACAGCUACAGCGGAGGCAGCCGCCGACAGAGCCAGGUCCAGGCCACGCUGCUCUGCCUCACCCUGCUGCUGUCUGCUGCCAUCUGGGUGGUGUGGAUCGCCCUGCUGACCCGGGGUAACAUGGAGAUGGGCCGGCGGCCGCAGUGGGAUGACCCAGUGCUGAGUAUAGCCCUGGUGGCCAACGGCUGGGUCCUACUGCUGGGUCAGGGACUAGCCCAAGUGGUUCUCCUCUGCAGGUGGGAGGCCAGCUCCAAGGAGGGCCCCCUAGACUUUGGCGGAUGGACCAGUCCCAACGCCAACCUGCCAGGGCUGGGGAGCCUGAAAGAAGGGAGGGAGAACAGAAGCUUUGAGAACGACGGCAGAAAACAAGACCCCAUUUUCCAAUCACCAUAUGAGUCUGGAUUCUCAAUGACAGAAAUAGAUCCUGACAAAGAUUACUCCAUCCCUCGUCCUCAGACCACCAACAUCAGCGAGCCCUAUGAUGUAUACUAUGGACACAGCCUGUCUGAUUAAGAUCACAUUGCUCUUCAUGUACACACACCCACACACAAAGACAAAAAAAUAAAAUAAACCUUACACAUAUUAGCAGAUGCUAUUGCGGGUGUAUGUGACUAAUACAAUUUGAUUUAUACACGCACUCUCACAUGGCCCAGAAAUGUUUUGGAAGUUCAGCUACAAAUGUAUAUUUCUUGAAUAGAACCUGCAUUGCAACAUGAUUCCCAUAAUUACGUGACUAAGGCCCCAAUUGAUUAAUUUAAUGUUUCUUUACUCAGGCUGGAUCCAGAUAGAAUGAGCUUACUGAAUCUGACCUAAUGUGACAAGUGUCUAAUAGUCUCAGGCAGGAGGAGGCGUGAAUCUGUCUGUAUCAGGGUGCCAAACUGCAGGGAUGGGCAGGGGCAGCGCCAGGCAUGUGUGAAGGAGAGACAGGACCUGGCAGCGAUAAAAUAGACCCUUGUCACCAUGUCUUAACAUCUUAACAUCUUUUUACAUCCCACUUUAGAAAUACAUGUUUAAAUCAAUGUUAUGAUAUGCAUAUUGUGCAGUUGAAAAAGUGUUAUUAAAAUGGAAUGUUAAAAGGUA